AUCGAGGACUUUCCGAUCAAACCGAUGCCAAGACCGAGGCCUCUAAGCCUCCGACUACAUCUUCUGUGGCGGAGCCGGCAACUGAGACUGAAGCGAAGAGGAUAAAUGCUGCAGUGAUCAAUGGCAGGCGCACGUCCGCCGUUCCGUCGAUGAAGCCAGGGUGCAAGGAGGUCGCUCCCGAGAGGAUGUCUAAGAUGAAUCAGGAAGUCGAAGAUAACGCCGUUAAUGAGCUGAAUUCUGAGCUGAAAGAGCUUCUUCAAGAAGCCCGCCUUAGCGAGGAGCGAUAUAAUUGCAUCAAGCGUGAGCUAGCCUUUAUCUGGGCAGAGACUCGAUGCCGUUUGGCUCCACUCCUAGUUGAGAUUGAUACACUUCGCGACCUCAAUCGCAGCAGGAGUGGCCUCAUCGCUGAAGCCAAGAGGCUAGUCCAUUCCUUAAGAGAGGAAUUGUUGGACAAGGAGAUUUCCCUCAGACAACUUCAAAACGAGAAGGAGCAGCUCGAGCUGGAUCUCAGACUCGUUGACGAUGAUGCUCGCUUUUUCGAAGAAGAGUUGACUAGAUUACAGACAAGAGUCGAGAGAGCUCAAGCAGAAGCCGACGCAACCUUCAUUCGUGAAGAGAUGGCCAAUCUGGAGGCUGGUGGAGGAGAUGAAGAUGAUGAUGAAUAUGGGGAUGCUAGUGAAGAAGAAGAUGAAGACGACGACGAAGACGAAAAUGAAGACAAGGACAAAGAAGAAGAUAAUGAUGAUGAUGAUGAUGACGAAUAUGAUGAAUGUGAGGAGAAUAGCAGCGAGGAAGAAGAGAUAGAUAACUACGAGUGCGACGAAGAUAACAGCAGCAGUGACCUCGCUGGAAACUCUGGAAUCGCGGCCCGUAAGAAUCUGGAGCAGUUCCUCGAGAUGAUGAUGGAGUUGGAACAGCUCAAGCUUGAAGCCCAAGCUGCUGAUGAAUUGAACCAGCUCGCCGAGGCACGAACUCGAUUGCUUUACGGCGAUCGUAAACUUGCGUUCCCCUCUGGUUUCGUGUCUCCCAGUAUGUUGAAGAGAAGCGUUCUCCGUCAGGCGCUGGAAAAGGACGAGUCUGUGCGAUUGAAUGUAUUCGAGAAGAAACUUAAGCACCAUAAUGAGCGGCAUAACGAGAACGAUGGAACCAAAGAUAAGUAA